AUGCCUAUCGCUCUCUCGCCGACGCGCUCCGAAAGCGGCAUCACUAGGUUCACCAACUGCCGCCUGGUCAGGGGCGAUGAGUUAGUGACAGAAGACCUCUGGGUGAGCUCUCAGACAGGCAAAGUCAUUUCUAGCCAAGCCGCUUUCUUCGAUGAGCUCACCGUCCCGGACAAGUCUAUCGAUCUGGGCGGACGCAUCCUCUCGCCCGGCUUGAUCGACGUGCAGCUCAACGGUGGCUUUGGCUUCAACUUUUCCACGCUUCUCGAAGACGCAGCCCAAUAUGGCAAAAAGGUUCUGGAGGUGAACAAGAGGCUGGUGGCGACGGGAGUGACAUCCUACGCGCCUACCCUUACAUCGCAGAACCCUGAACUGUAUCAGACGGUUCUCCCAUAUCUGGGGCCCUCCAACUCACGGCACCACGAGAAUGGCGCAGAGUCGCUCGGCGCGCACUGCGAAGGACCGUUUCUCAACUCCUCCAAGAAUGGCAUCCACAACAAGGAUGUGCUGCAGGUAGCAGAGACAUUUGAAGACAUCGAGGCCUGCUACGGCUCGUUCAACCUGACCCCGUCGGGCGACGCGCCUCUGCCCAUAAAGAAGAUCACCAUUGCCCCUGAACAAGGCCAGAUGAUGAAGUUCAUCCCUGAACUGACGAAACGGGGCAUCAUCUGCUCUAUUGGACACACAGAAGCCACAUACGAGGAGGCUUCUUCGGCAGUCGCGGCGGGAGCCACGAUGAUCACGCACCUCUUCAACGCGAUGCGCCCGCUACACCACAGAAACCCGGGCGUCUUUGGCGUCCUUGGAGCCUCGCAGAGUCUUGAGAGGCCAUACUUUGGUAUUAUUGCCGAUGGUAUCCACCUCCACCCGACCACGGUCAACAUUGCGUUCAACACGCACCCAGAUGGGUUCAUUCUCGUCACGGAUGCCAUGCACAUGAUGGGCCUGCCUGAUGGCGCCUACCAGUGGACGAAUGGCGACGCGGAGAGCAGAAUCAUCAAGGUUGGGCCUACGCUACUUCUGGAGGGGACGGAAACGAUUGCUGGAAGUUCAAUCACCCUCAUCGAGUGCGUCAAUAACUUCCUCAAGUGGUCCGGCACCACUAUUCCCAAGGCGUUGAAGUCAGUGACUUCGACGCCGGCGGCGAUGCUGGAGGUGCAGGAUACCAAAGGGUCACUCGAGUCCGGGGCUGACGCCGACCUUGUCGUCUUCUCGGAAGAGAAGCAGGAUGGGGCGACGCAACUCGUCAUUGACGAGGUCUGGAAGUUCGGUACGCUGGUGUAUCGUCGCGGAGGCUUGGGAGACCCAGUUUCUCCACUGUAG